AUGCUCAAGAGGCUACAGCGAGCGGGCUGGACAUGUCCGCAAUGUGCAAGUCAUCAAUCAAAGGUUACAAGACGAUGCCUGGUCACUACGAGCAAUGCCAAAGGCAGUGGAGCCGCUGCGGCAAAAGCUGUUGGCGAAGAGUAUCAACCUGUUACGAAAGCAGCGCCUGGAAUAGCACACGAUGAUCGAACUUUGAGACAGAUAUUUGACUCGCCACAUACAUGGAAAGAAUUCAGUACCAAGGCCAAACAUCGCUAUGGAGGAAAGAGCGCCGGACUGUUCCAGAACCGAUACCUCACACGACCAGACGGAUUUCAGGACUUUGCUGCAGUCACUUUGGUGAAGUGCAAACGUAUCGUGGAGAAGGUGCUUGGCUAUCGGUCGGUAGGCGAGUUGCGAAGGGUGGCAAGAGACCUUGAUCGGCUGAGUGAUCUGCUAUGUCGUGUCAUCGACUUGAGUGAUUUCGUCCGAUCCGUCCAUCCGGACAGGAAGGUGCAGGCUGCUGCGAGUCAGGCAUACAGCUCCAUGUUCGAGUACAUGAAUGUGCUGAACACGACCACUGGACUCAAUGAUCAAUUGAAGAGGGCAGCUGCGAUACCAGAAAUCUACGAUUCAUGGAGUGAAGAAGAGCGAACAGUAGCGGCCAUCCUAAUCAAAGACUUCUCCAAGUCAGCCAUCGACCUAGAAGAGACCGAUAGACAGGCCUUCGUCAACAUCUCGAAUGAGAUCGCAGAAGUCGGUAAUGCAUUCGUUGAGAACAUGGAGGCAGCGACGCCAUCGUUACAAUUCGAAAGCAGUAGGAUGAAAGGCAUGGAUCCGAUGUUUGUACGGCAGAUGACGAGAUGGGGUUCGGUGGCACUACCAACCAUUGGCAUGCCAGCGAUCAUGGCGAUGAGAAGCGUGGAGGACCCCGAGACAAGACGAGAGAUAUACAUGGCGAAUCGAGCAUCAUCACGAGUGAGCCUGCAACGGCUAGAACAGCUCCUCAAACGAAGAGCGGAGAUCGCGAAGCUGGGCGGCUACGAGAGCUAUGCGCAUAUGACUCUGACGGAUAAGAUGGCACAAUCACCAGAAGCCGUGACAUCAUUUCUGGAUGCGCUCGCGAAGGAGAAUGCUCCCCGAGCUAAGGAGGAGCUCAGGGAAUUGUUGGAGCUGAAAAGCGGCGAUGCUCGAGCAGGCAACUUUCCAGCAGAGAUCAAUGCAUGGGACAGGGACUAUUACACAUCCCAAGUCAUGUCCUCUAUGCGAUCCAAGACCCGCGCACCAGACUUUCUCUCUGCAUACUUUUCUCUCGGUACAGUAAUGCAAGGUCUUUCACGCCUCUUCCACCGUCUGUAUGGCAUUCGACUUGUACCUCGCGAGACACUACCAGGCGAGACUUGGAACUCAGACGUUCGGCGUUUAGACGUGAUCGACGACCAAGAAGGCCAUAUAGCAGUGAUUUAUUGCGAUUUGUUCGAACGACCUGGGAAAAGCCCGAACCCUGCUCAUUUCACUCUUCGUUGCUCGAGGAAGAUCAGCGAAGAGGAGAUGCAGGAAGCGGCAGAGCUCUCGUCACAGACAGGAGCGAUAUUCAACACAGCGCAAGAAGCAGCCAAUGACGGCCUAGCCACGAACUUUAGCCCUCGAGACGGCCACGCACUAUAUCAGCUUCCCACAAUAGCUCUCAUUUGCGACUUUGCACUCGCGCCAGCUUCGUCAGAUCGACCAACCCUCCUCACCGUCCGCGAACUCACCACGCUUUUUCAUGAGAUGGGCCACGCUCUUCACUCGAUCUGCGGCCGUACAGCCUUACAGAAUGUAAGCGGGACACGUUGUGCGACGGACUUUGCCGAACUCCCAUCCGUCUUGAUGGAGAACUUCGCCUCGGCGCCAGAAGUCCUAGCACUAUAUGCCCGGCAUUGGGAGACCGAUGCGCCACUCGAUUGCGACCGAAUCCGUGAGCGCGUGGAUGUGGAGAAGAGGAUGCAGGGGGCUGAGAUCGAAGGGCAGGUUUUGCUUGGGAUGCUCGAUCAGGUCUAUCAUUCUUCUCGUCCACUCAAGUGGAAAGAGGGUGGGACGGGUGCGGAAAGUACGACGCUGUAUCACGAUAUCUGGAGACAAUAUUCUGCCGUCCCUGAACCCGCCGGAACAAGCUGGCAGGGCUUUUUCGGGCACCUAUACGGCUACGGCGCAACGUACUACUCCUAUCUGUUCGAUCGCGCUAUUAGUGGGAAGAUAUGGAGGGAUGUCUUCCAGCGCUCACAGGGCGGGGCGAUAGACCCUCGGUCGGGUGAGAGGUUCCGAGAGGAGGUACUACGCCAUGGUGGUGGGAGGGAUGGAUGGCAAUGUGUAGGUGGUGUGUUGGGUAGGGACGAGCUGAAGGCAGGUGGGAGAGAGGCUAUGGAGGAAGUGGGGAGGUGGGGCGUCCAUAGUUGA